GUUCGGUGACGUAGUUCCGCUCGUGGCUGCGCUGUGUAGCACAGAGUGGCUAAGCUAAAGUCUGAGGGAGAGCGAGGUUAGCUCUGAGGCUAACGGCAUGCGCGCGCUGCGGAAGCUGCUCGGUUACUCGGCCGCUGUAGUGGCGCUGAUUGCCGGAUUCACCGCCUGGAGGAGCCUCGGGCCCGCGGAGCAGCGCAACCGGGAACUACUCAAGAACCUGCCGGAGUUCAACCCAGAGCGGAUGGACGAGAGCAAGAGGAGGAACGCUCAGAUCAUGGAGCUGCUCAAGAACGCUGCGGAGACCAACGACAACAUCGCUCGCACCUACGGCAGCCAGAAAUAACCUUAACCACCCACAGUGUUGCCCCGUCACCCCACCCACAGUGUAACUGCACCAGACUGCAGAUGUGCCGGAGCUCCACUGUGAUCUGAUGAGGCUGUGAGGAGCUUCACACUGACUGCUCUAAUGGGGGGUCUUGGAGAAACACCUCCAAAGGCCAAUAUAAACUGUGUAUAUACCUCUGUGUGUGUGUGUGUGUGUGUGUGUGUGUGAGAGAGAGACUGACUCCCAUCAACCACUCUCUUGUUAUUCAAUAAACUCAAGCAGAUUGUAAAUUAAAUGUUGUUUUAUGAGAAAUCACCGUAAUAAUAAAAAGCCUGUACAGAGAAUCAGGGGAAUGAAUUAAUAAAUAAUAAAUGUGUUUGUAGAUUUAAAAGAAAAACGUUUUACUUCUUAAGGAGAAUAUUUGUGGUUUGUUGUGUUUAUUUGUAACAGUUAGAUCUUUAUUAAGGUAUAAUAUGAGCCUCCUGCGCAGACGGUGCGCACAGCUGACGCGCGCGCUGAGUGAGUGAGUGACGUGUUUCCGGUGUGUGAGGUCAGCGUGUCAGUGUUACAGUCACGGUGCUGCUCGGGUCCUGUCUGUGUCCGUGAGUCGGUUUGUCCGAUGUCCGCGCGCUCACCGGAAGUGUCCCGGAGCUGUUGGAGUUGCCGGUGUCUCUCCGGAGGCGCGCUCAUCUGUUCCGCGGGCUGGGUGUACCGGGGCGCGCGCGCAUCACUGCACCGGGGAGCGGCGCGCGGGACACUGGGGGGGGCACUGCAGCUCGCCUUCUCAGCGGGUUUGGCGCUGUGGGGAGUUGUGGUUCUUGUGGAUCCCUGGAACAAAAACCAUCAGAAACCAACAGCACCAUGAUGAAGAAGGGGAUUAUGGGAGGUGUGCAGUGUGCACAUGCCCUGAACAGUGUGUGCGUGUGUAUGUAAUGUGUUGAUGUGAUAAAUGUAAUAAAUAAUAAACGUCUUUAAGUAA